CAAAUUACCAUAAUGCCACUACUGUUACUCAUUUUCUUGCUAUCAAAUGUACGAUAAUUGCAAUCAAUUUUUACAAACAUUUUGCGGUGGAGGCGAGAGCCAGCCGCUGCAGCUAGCGCCGCCGCAGAUGGCGCCGCCGCAGAUGGCGCCGCCGCAGCUGGCGCCGCCGCAGCUGGCGCCGCCGCCGCCGCCGCAGCCGCAGGCGGCCGCCGUGCAGCUGGCGCCGCCCGCCGGUGGCUUCAUCUCGGCGCCCAUCUACGACUUGCAGCAGAUUGGAGAUGUGUUCACAGAUACGGUAUCUUGGUGUGCGGCCACUCAGAGGACAUACAAUGAGCUCACAUUGCACACAAACAACCUGACUGAUAUUUCAGGCCCGGGCGCCAAGUGCUCGACGCUGCCGGCCAUCCUGGGCGGCUCGCUGCCGCGCCUGGCCGGCGACCAGGCCGACGCCGUCGCACGCGCCAAGAAGUACGCCAUGGAGCAGAGCAUCAAGAUGGUGCUGAUGAAGCAGACCCUGGCCCACCAGCAGCAGCAAAUGGCGUCGCAGCGUACUCAGGUGCAGCGCCAGCAAGCGCUCGCGCUCAUGUGCAGGGUGUACGUAGGCUCAAUAUCAUUUGAACUGAAGGAGGAUACGAUCCGGCAGGCUUUCCUCCCAUUCGGACCUAUCAAGUCCAUCAACAUGUCCUGGGACCCGGUGACCCAGAAGCACAAGGGAUUCGCUUUCGUCGAGUACGAGAUCCCGGAGGCGGCGCAGCUCAGCCUCGAGCAGAUGAACGGCGUCAUGCUCGGAGGAAGAAAUAUUAAAGUAGUGGGUCGGCCGUCCAACAUGCCUCAGGCACAAGCAGUCAUUGACGAAAUACAGGAGGAGGCUAAGCAGUACAACCGCAUCUACGUCGCGUCGAUACAUCCGGAGCUGACCGAGGACGACAUUAAGAACGUGUUCGAGGCGUUCGGGCCCAUCACGUACUGCAAGCUGGCGUACGGCGCGUCGGCGCACAAGCACAAGGGCUACGGGUUCAUCGAGUACGCGACGCUGGCGGCGGCGCUGGAGGCCAUCGCGUCCAUGAACCUGUUCGACCUCGGCGGCCAGUACCUGCGCGUGGGCCGCGCCAUCACGCCGCCCAACGCGCUGGCCGGCCCGCCGCUGGCCUCCGCCAUGCCCACCGCCGCCGCCGUCGCCGCCUCCGCCGCCACCGCCAAGAUACAGGCUAUGGAUGCAGUGGCGAGUAAUGCGGUCGCGCUCGGGCUCACGAAGCUCAACGCGCUGGGCGUGUCGCCCGCCGCCGCGCUGCCGUCGCUGGCCGCCGCGCUGCCCACCGCGCUGCCCGCCGCGCUGCCCGUCGGGCUGCCCGCCGCGCUGCCCGCCGCCUUGCCCGCCGCGCUGCCC